UCAUUAGAGUAUAAAGAUGUCCCUUCAAUGUUUGAAAAAUGAAAGCAGAACUGGAUGGCGCUCACGUCAUGGUCACAAAGCUAACCUAGCUAGUUAAUAUAUUAAUAUUAGCAAUAUAGCCAUGCUGUCUCAGUUAUAUAGUUAACGCUAGCUUAAAAAAAAAAGGAUUACACUGAAAAACACUAGGUUAGAUACCGCUGUUCCUAGCGCCAUGGGCUACGUUAGGCGACGCUAGCUCACUGAAUUAGCUAAGAUAGUGCUAAAGUGGUGAAGUAACCUAUGAUAGCUAUCUAGCUAACAGUUAGGAAGCCAACAAGCUCUCAGUGAACAUGGCGAUUAAUACAAUUCAACUUCAUAUUUCCCAAAAACUACAAAAUGAUCUUCCUGACACCAUCAGCAUAUUUAUCUACACAAGUUAACUAACGAGUCGUAGAUGUAUAAAAUCAGUCUCUCAUUUACCGAAUUAGCUCGCUAUGCUAAAUAAACCACAGAGCUAACGCUAUCGUAGCUUAGCUUAGCUAACUAGCACGUAAACGCUUACUCACGGUGCAUUCUUCCAGGAUCAAGAGUUGCUCUACAGAAGAAGUCAACUUUGUGUCGUACAUAUUUACCCAUCUGUGCAGGAAGACUUGACAUUUACAAGGAAAAAAAAUGUUUAUGUUGAAGAUAUCUGGGUUUCUUGCUGUCUGUGUCCUGGUCAUGUCCCAGAUGUACAGCUCACACACCAGUCCUGUCAGACCGGGUUUAGACUCUAUGACGGACAGAGUCCUGAUCACAGACUAUGAAGCCCGAAAGUUACUAACUGCCAUUGUCAAAGAAUUUGUGCAGAUGACGGCAGAGGAACUGGAGCAGACAAAUGAUGGAAACAGCCAGGGCAGAGUGCUGUCCAAACGCUGCUCCAGUCUCAGCACCUGUAUGCUCGGAAAACUCUCCCAAGAGCUGCACAAGUUACAGACGUUCCCACGGACAGACGUGGGUGCUGGCACACCCGGCAAGAAACGCAGUCUGCCUGGCACUGAUCGUCAUGCCAGCUAUGGAGAAGUGUUUGAUGUCGUCUAACCUGGCCACACCUCUCCCCUGGCCUGCGUUUGCCCUGUUAUCUCUGAUCUUCUUGCAUGUGGAUUCUGCCUGCUUGACUGACUUUUGAGAAGUGUUCAAUGACUAAUACUUGAUCUGAUUUCUAAAUUUCUUUUGACUUUCAUUCAGCAGAGCAGAAACUGUUAUAUUUCAAUAAUGAGUUUCUUUAAUUAUUUUGAAUAAUAUUCCAAGCAAAGAUGAUUCAAUCAAAUAUAGGUUUGGAAACUACAUUACAAGAUGCCUCUUGAACAGAAAACAUGGUGCCAUAACAACAGCACAACAAGAACUCUUACAUGUGUUUUUAGUUUAAUAAACAUAUUUUUCUAUCAGAAAGUUGUUUUACUUUUAUCAAUGAAUUAUGUAAGAUCAGCCCCAGUGAGUAAAAAUGCUUCUGAUAUCAUCGUAGAACUGAAACCAAGUUAUUAUAUUCUCACUAUGCUGCACUUUAAAAGCUUAAUGUAUGUGGAAAGCCUGCAGUGUACACAAUGUUAACUGUCAUACUCACUUAACUAACAAGAAUAACAUCAGUCCUGAUCAGGUGAGGCAGCUGACCUGUCUUAAUGCCUUUAACAUCAUAGUACUUUGUUCUUUGCAAUAUGUGACCCUGUUUUUUUUAAUGUAAGGGUAUUUACAUGA